CACAGCCAUUGGUCCAGACUAGACUAGAGAGAGAGAGUGUACGUCCGGGCACGUUAUUGUUGCAUCAGAAAUUGCAGACUGUUGACAUGUCAAGCUCGGGAGAGUUAGCCUUUGAUUAUGGCUUCUUGCUGCACACAAGUGAGGAGGCCACAGCCACCGUGGCUCUGAAUGAGUACCUGAGCUCCCGCAGCUACCUGGCUGGGUUCAGCCCCUCUCGGGUGGACCAGGAGGUCUUUGAGCUCCUGCACAGGCCCCCGGCCCCGCAGCACGUGCACGCUCUGCGCUGGUACAGGCACAUAGCAGCCCUGCAGCGGGAGACCCACAGCCCAGAUAGCAGCAUAAAGGGAAAGAGGGUCCAGCAGGGGUGGUUGUCAUCCCAUGGUGGUCUGCCCCAGCCGGUGUCCAACCUGCCAAAGCUGCGACUCUACAACAGCCUCACACGCACCACUGAGCUGUUUGUUCCCCAGAAUGGAAACAAGGUGUCGUGGUACUGCUGCGGACCCACUGUCUAUGAUGCCUCUCACAUGGGACAUGCCAGAUCUUACAUAUCUUUUGAUAUCCUCCGAAGGAUUCUGAUGAACUAUUUCAAAUAUGACGUGUUCUACUGCAUGAACAUUACGGACAUAGACGACAAGAUCAUCAGGCGGGCCAGACAGAACUACCUUCUGGAACAGUACAGAGAGAAGAAGCCAGCGGCUGCCCAGGUACUGCAGGAUGUCCUUAGUGCCAGAGGGCCCUUCCAGGCCAAGCUGGCCGAGACCACAGACCCAGACAAGAAACAGAUGCUGGAGAGGCUGGACUCUGCCGUCGCUGCUGCUCUGGGACCCCUGCAGGGGGCGGUGGAGAGCAAGGCUGGGGAGGCUGACGUACAACGCCUGGCUCAGGUGUUACUGGAGAAGGCCAAAGACCUGCUGUCUGAUUGGUUGGAUGCUCAAUUUGGCAGUCAGGUGACCGAGAACUCCAUCUUCUCUCUUCUUCCAAAGUUCUGGGAAGGGGAGUACCACAGCGACAUGGACGCCUUGAAUGUCCUUCCCCCAGACGUACUCACCCGCGUCAGCGAGUACUGCCCAGAGAUCGUGGACUUUGUGAAGAAGAUCCUAGACAAUGGCUUCGGGUAAGGGAGAGAUGGUCUCUGUUAUCAUAC